CCUCUGAGUGUCCUCAGGAUAUCAUUGUGCCCACCAAAGUUGUGUCAAAGUGCAGAUAAAAAAAAUCCCUUCCUAAAGUGCUUUUCUUGCCAUGCAAUCUGACUCCUAAAGAUCCCCCUGAAGGCCCUGAAGGCAUCAAUUUCCCAGCAAAGAUGUCCUCAAAGACAAGUGACUUGUCGCCCACGUCCUCCCUCCGGAGGAAUUUCGAUGAGUUGUCACCCGAAUCGACAGAUGAGGUGGAGAGGAAGGUCCUCUGGGGUGUUCCUGUGCCGCCUUUUGUCUCCGAGCGUGUUGUCUCGUGGCUGGAAGAAGGCCUGCAGGAGCCAGAAGUUUUCUUCAAAAACAUCCUCGUUCUCAAAAAGGUGGAGAAUGUCCGGAUGAUUGAUCGCUAUAAUAGCAAGAAUGCAUCAAUUGGGACACUUUAUUUGACAGCCACCCAUUUAAUAUUCGUGGAUCCUGAAGCGAAUAAGGAGACAUGGAUUCUCCAUAUGCAUAUUGCAACAAUUGACAAAUUGCCACUGAGCACAACAGGAUCUCCUCUUCUGAUCCGCUGUAAGACAUUUCUCUCUGUAACAUUUGUGAUUUCCAAGGAGCGUGAAUGUCACGAUGUGUACGUGACACUGCAGAAACUCUGUCAGCCAGUUCAUAUCUCUUCUCUCUAUUGCUUCCACUAUACCUCGAGCAAUGAGGAUUUACCCAAGACGGCUGGAUGGGAUUUCUUCCGGUUGGAGACGGAAUUUAAGCGGAUGCGCGUACCAAAUGAAGAUUGGUCACUUUGUACUUUGAAUACAAACUAUGAGCUCUGUGACACGUAUCCCAGGCAUCUCUAUGUGCCAUCUGAGGCAUCCACAGCUGUACUAAUGGGAAGCAGUAGAUUCCGUUCGAAAGGACGCCUUCCGGCACUCACGUACUUGCACAGCAACAGAGCAUCGAUUUGUAGAUGCAGUCAGCCUCUGUCUGGCUUCAGUGCACGAUGUUUGGAGGAUGAACAGAUGCUGGAGGCUAUUCGAAAAACCAAUCCCAAUGCUAGCUACAUGUAUGUGGUGGAUACACGGCCAAAGAUUAAUGCAAUGGCCAAUAGGGCGGCCGGGAAGGGAUAUGAAAAUGAGGCUUUCUAUGAAAACAUCAAAUUUCACUUUUUGGGAAUUGAGAAUAUUCAUGUGAUGAGGACGAGCUUACAGAAACUUGUUGAGACUUGUGAACAAAAGACACCGACAAUGAGUGGAUUUUUGAGUUCUUUGGAAUCUUCCGGAUGGCUAAAGCAUAUCCGAUCGAUUCUGGACACUUCUAAUUUCAUUGCUUGUGCUGUGGACAAAGGGAUCUCUGUGGUAGUCCAUUGCUCAGAUGGAUGGGAUAGAACGGCUCAGGUUUGCUCACUGGCAGCCCUUAUUCUUGAUCCUUUCUAUCGUACAAUCAAGGGAUUCCAGGCACUGAUUGAGAAAGACUGGUUGGCCUUUGGGCAUAAAUUUAGUGAACGGUGUGGCUAUAUUCAGACAGAUCCCAAAGAGAUGUCUCCUGUUUUUACCCAAUUCCUCGAUAGUACGUGGCAAUUGGUACAGCAAAGGUGUGAUGCUUUUGAAUUCAAUGAACGCUUCCUCCUGACCCUGCAUGAUCAUGUGCAAUCGUGCCAAUUUGGCACAUUUAUUGGGAAUUGUGAGAAAGAUCGGUUGGAUUUGCGUCUGUCAGAGACAACAUUCUCACUCUGGGGCUACAUGGCCAAUCACAUCAAUGAGUACAUUAAUCCUCUGUAUCGUCCGGAGAUGGAUGAGAUACUAAAGCCAAAUUUGGCACCACAGUGCAUAAAAUUCUGGCGAGGGAUGUACAGUAGAUUUGAGAGUGGAGUUCACCCUAGGGAACCAUUGGGGGAUCUUUUGUUGGCCAGUAGGGAUCACUGUACAUCCCUGGAGGAUCAUGUGCAGCAUCUCACGAAGAGAAUUUCAAAUCUCAAAAAUCUAAUUUCCAAGUCAGCCAGAAGAUUCCAAGGACCAUCAAUGAGGCUCAAGGAUAACAAAGAAACGACUGAGAUCAAUGAUAAUCGCUACAAUUAUGAUAAGAAGUCAGGACAAUUGACUGACACCACGGAUCAUCCUCUCAAUUCCACGGAUUUCUCCUUCUCAAAUCUCUCGGUAAGUACCAUUUCCAUCUCUUACCAUUCUUUGCAUUUAAUUUUGAAGCUUUUUGAACCAUUCCCGAAGAUUUCUCAGGGAAAUCCUUGUGAACAAAAGACACCGACAAUGAGUGGAUUUUUGAGUUCUUUGGAAUCUUCCGGAUGGCUAAAGCAUAUCCGAUCGAUUCUGGACACUUCUAAUUUCAUUGCUUGUGCUGUGGACAAAGGGAUCUCUGUGGUAGUCCAUUGCUCAGAUGGAUGGGAUAGAACGGCUCAGGUUUGCUCACUGGCAGCCCUUAUUCUUGAUCCUUUCUAUCGUACAAUCAAGGGAUUCCAGGCACUGAUUGAGAAAGACUGGUUGGCCUUUGGGCAUAAAUUUAGUGAACGGUGUGGCUAUAUUCAGACAGAUCCCAAAGAGAUGUCUCCUGUUUUUACCCAAUUCCUCGAUAGUACGUGGCAAUUGGUACAGCAAAGGUGUGAUGCUUUUGAAUUCAAUGAACGCUUCCUCCUGACCCUGCAUGAUCAUGUGCAAUCGUGCCAAUUUGGCACAUUUAUUGGGAAUUGUGAGAAAGAUCGGUUGGAUUUGCGUCUGUCAGAGACAACAUUCUCACUCUGGGGCUACAUGGCCAAUCACAUCAAUGAGUACAUUAAUCCUCUGUAUCGUCCGGAGAUGGAUGAGAUACUAAAGCCAAAUUUGGCACCACAGUGCAUAAAAUUCUGGCGAGGGAUGUACAGUAGAUUUGAGAGUGGAGUUCACCCUAGGGAACCAUUGGGGGAUCUUUUGUUGGCCAGUAGGGAUCACUGUACAUCCCUGGAGGAUCAUGUGCAGCAUCUCACGAAGAGAAUUUCAAAUCUCAAAAAUCUAAUUUCCAAGUCAGCCAGAAGAUUCCAAGGACCAUCAAUGAGGCUCAAGGAUAACAAAGAAACGACUGAGAUCAAUGAUAAUCGCUACAAUUAUGAUAAGAAGUCAGGACAAUUGACUGACACCACGGAUCAUCCUCUCAAUUCCACGGAUUUCUCCUUCUCAAAUCUCUCGAUUUCAGAGACAAAUUGUGAGCUUCAGCAGAUAAAUGCGGAAAUGGAAUCUGUGGCGGUGGAUUGGAAAUCCAUGAGAAAUGUUACGGUUUGCUCAUGCUCAACACCAUUCGAUCAGUUCAGUCGGAAGAAUCACUGCUGGAAAUGCGGCGAAGUGUUUUGCUCACGCUGCAUUGUCCGAACUGUUCCAUUGGCUGGACACAACAGUGGCAAUCCAGUUCCUGUCUGUCGCUCAUGCUUCAGGGCUAUCCAACAGACGACACCGUAGUUCGACUGUGGGAAGGAUUAACCACCAACCCACCUGAUUUGAUAUUUAUCCUUCGCCUUUUACUGCACCUUUUUGUUUUUCCCCCCAAAUUCCUUUUAAUUUUAUUUUCGCCGUGCAACAUUUUUUUUUCUUGGCACAACAUCUCAUAAGGGAACUAGGCCUUUAAUCAUUUUUUUUCUUACACAAAGAUGGGACUUUUAGUCCCAAGCUCUGUUGAAUAAAGUGCAGUGAAGUCUACUGGAUGGGAUUCGAAAUCUUUUAAUAUGAAAAAAAAAUUCUGGUGAUCUAAAGGGGAUUUGAACCCUAGCACAUUUGCGUCAUAAAGCAGUGUCUGUCGUGAAGUUAUCCGCACUCUGUAGUUCAAUAAUUUCUUCAAAAUUUGUUUUUUUUUAUGAUUAGAAAAAAAUAUAUAUAAUAAAAAAAUAUAUAAUUUAUUUUAAGUCAUAUUUUUUCAAUUUUUAAACCACUUAUCAUUCACUUUCUGAUUUUUUAUAUGUAUAUUACAUUUUCGAAAUUGAAAUAUUUUCUAAAAUGAGACUUUAAAGUUAUUUUUAAAAUACCCAAGCAAAAUGUAGGAGAGUUUUUGAAUUUUUUGAAGUGUGAACUGUUCCUAAACUGAUAUUAAUUUCAGUAAACCGCGAACUCAAUUCUCCCUAUUUUUUAAAUUGAAAAUUAGUUUUGAAUUAAUUUUCUGGGAAUUUUCGGAAAUGGAUAUACGAUCCUACAAAACAGAUCGGAGUAAUAAAACGAAAUGGAAAGUAGAAAAUGUACACAAAUUGCUAAGAAUUCACAGGAUUGGCAACCUUUUUUCCGUGAGAGGGCACUGUUUUCUGUCGUAAGUGGCGCUGGAAACUGUUCUCAUUUUUUUUAAUUUUCAAGCUUAAAGUUAAAAAGUUUAGGUAAUUGAAUUAAAAUUUAUGGGAAAAAUGAAGAAAAUCAAUUUUGAAAAUUUACACUGUGCGACAAAAUUUAGGUUUUUGUGGGUGUUUCUGACGAGAGUGCAAAAACUUGUUAGAGGAUUAUUUAGGGAUCUCAAAUCUGAAAUCGGUUUGUCCGGGUCACGUCUGGAUUUUUUUAAAUAUGCAUUUUUAGUUUUUUGCUGUUUUCUAAAAUUCAAAAAUUUAUAUUUCCGGUUCUAAUUAUCCGGUGGUAGUCACAUAAAGCUAAGAUAAGAUAAGAUUUUGCCAGGGGUCAGUUCUCCAUUUCGGAUAUUCCGAUGCAUCCAGGCCACCAAUUGGGCCCCUUAUGCUUCCCCACUCCUAUUCUAUCUUAUCCCCCGAUACGGGUAGCCGCUCUAUAUCGCAGCUCUGUGUGGACAAUCAGUGCCGUUACUAUAUCACAGCAUCCCUUCUCGGUGUGUGUUUGGGAUCAGUGACAGCGAAUAUUUGUAUCGAUUGAAGUACCACUUUCACAUCGAAACUCGUUUUCGUACCAGCCUCUAUUGUUUUUAGGCGGUUCACUUUUUUGCCAAUAUGCACCAUUGACAUUACUAUUCAUUCAUUCACUGGACGAAUUCGAAGCCGAUAUGGCAUGAGAAAUCUUUUUUCUGCUGCCGCUCAGCCACGAACCCACGACCUCGCAGUCACAGAGCCACUGCUCUAUCCACUGACCCACUCGAGGCGCCACAUAAAGCUAAAAUGACGCGCAAUUUCAUCCUCUAUAACUCUUGUAAACCUAUCAAGAACCUACGAUGAAAAUAAAGUGUAUUUUUUAAAGAUUUUUUUGAAAAAGUGCACACAAAAUGGUGCAUUUUUCUGUAUUUUUUCCAUGUUAUAAUAAUUCUCCCACUUAGAUAGAACAUUUUAUAUGCCAAGUACUAUGCCUAAAAGUGAGUAAAUUUAAUAUUCUUUCAUAUCUUUUUAGUUUGAAUUUUCUAUCUUAAUUCGUUUAUUCACAAUAAUUUAUUGAAAAUAAAGUGCAUUAAAAUCUCUUAUUAUAUAUAAUUGUAUUGGUAUCUUUGUCUAACCUACUGAAGAGCAUUUUCUUUUGCACUCUCACUUAUACAUUUCAUAUAAAAAGAGGUGAAAUGAAAGAAAGAGACGUAUAUGGAAAUUGAGAAAGAAGAAUAGUUGUUUGGCACUCAUGAAUUAUCGGAAAUUAUUUCAGGACUUCUUCACUUGAAAAUAUUUUAUCUUUUGAACCUUAUAGUUAAAUAUUUUUACAGGACUAAAAAUCAAUUGUAUACUGAAAAGGUGUGAUUAGAAGGAAUCACACCUACAAAAAAUUGUAAACGAUUUAGUACAAUCUUGUAAAAUAUUGUUUUAUGCGGAAAAGUAACAAGAUGUUUACCUCUCCUUGUUUUCAUAGAUUUUUAUUAAAUCUUGCAGUAUUUAAACUAUACAUAUCUUAUUAGACCCAAAUUCACUAGGAUUGUUACAGAAAUUCUUGUAAAUUUUUUUUCAAAAUCUAGUAUUUAUUAGUUUCUCAACCGAUGGAGUAAAGAACAACAAAGGUUUCCUUUUAUUUUAUUUAUUUUUUCUUUUCAAAAUGCCUACGGAAUUUUUUCUAUGAAAUCAUUUGUGAAUUUUGUGUAAAUUAUAAUCAUGAUUUUCAUGAUAUUAAUACCAAAAAUUAAGCACGAUAUGUUUUCUCUAGAGAGAAUGAUCUGAAAAUUGACGUUAGAAACCAUUCCCGAUCGAAAAAUCUGAAUUUUUUUUGUUGAAGAAAAAAUUUGACAAUAUUUUUACAAGAUUUUACAAAGAAAAAUUUUAUAACGAGUAUCAGCCAAAAUAAUAGAGUCGUUUUGCAAAGCUUAUAUUUUUUUAACCUUUGUAUUUUUUCCCAAUUUGUUGAUAUAAUUCUGCAGUAGAAAUCUUCAAAUUAUUAGAAUCGUAGAAUAAGAGUUGGUUUGGCCGCUAGAGGUCUCUAUUUUACACAUAAUACGUCAAUAGUGAAAUUCAGUUCAGCCAAAAAAACUGGAAAACUGUCAUUUAUGAUUUUAUAAAUAUGGCUUUAUUUAAACUUAUUUAAUUUAAAUAAAAGUGGUCCUAUUGUGUUGUUCAAACCAAAUUUCACCAUUGAUGUAUUCUGUGAAAAAUAGAGACCUCUAGCGACCAAAACAACACUUAUUUGACUUAAGGCAAUUAUUUCAACAUUUCUGUCAAAAUUAUUUCAACGAAUUGGAAUAAACAAAAAUACUAAAGGUAAAAUAGUGGUCUUUGCGGAGUUGAUUCUAUUAUUAUGUCCGCCACUGUAGAUAGCGAAAAAUCUGGGUAUACUAUCUUUCCAAUAUUCUUUUUUUUUAUAUUUUUGCGAAUAUUAUUUUUUUCCAUGAUUCAAAUUUUCUAAAAUUAAGUUUAACAAGAUUUAACUAGUCAUAGGAUUUUAAAAAUAAAGAGGAAAACUCUUUCGGUUUGUUCGUUAAAGUUAAAACAUUCUCUAUUAAAUUCUAUUUUUUUUUUAUUUUCCAAAAUCUAGAAUAAAAUUUUUAACUAUUUCUUCAUUAAAGAUUGUCAAAAAAUGACAACGUUUAUAACCAAUUUAUUCUAAAAAAAAUAAAUUGUAUGAAUAAAUAGUUAUUUAUACAGAAAUCUACAUUGCAUUAGCUUUUACAGUAGACUCUCGCUCAAUCGGGCGAAAAAUUUUGUUGACAAUUUACACGUUUAAUUAUGAAGCUAAUUCGCUGUCGUUCUUCCUAUUUUAUCGUGAUUCUUUAUAAUUGAGCGCUUUUUGUGGAAUUUACAAAGGCUUUGACGCUCAAUUCUAUCGCUAAAGCGGAUGACAUUUUGCCCCAUAUUCCCGAUUGAGAGAGUCUACUGUACAAGGUAUAAUAUUAUUGGAAAUAUUCCCAGUAAUUUUCCUGAAUUCUGAAAUUUCCUGAACUAUUUUAAUACAAAUACAAAAUUAAAGUAAUUAAAUAAAUAAGUUCUAAACUAACUGAGAAAAAGAAUAUAUUUUAUGUAUUAAAUAUUACAUCAAAGUUCAAGUUCUGAAAAAUUGCUCAAAAUUCCAUAAUCUAAUCCUAAAAUUGAAACCGGUUUUAGACCCUUCCAAAACCGAUUAACCGUCUUAUCAUAAAAACCCGGUUACUUGGAAUCACUAGCUAAUAUGCAUAUUUAUUUUCCAUUGCGAAUAUUUUCAUCCUCUCAAAUAUUUUUUAGUACAUGGCUGUUCUCAUGUUCUUCUGCAUUAUCGACUUUUCUUUGUAUUGAUUCCUGUCACGGCUAUUUGUGGUUUUGAAACACAAAGAGCACUUGGGAAAAAAGCACACGAGAACAGACUUGUACUAAAAAAAUGUUCUGAGCAGAUUUCCCUUUUUUCAUUUUUAUUUGGAAUAGCACCAUAAUGAAGGAUUCCCAAAAGAAUUAAAAUUUGUUGCACAGCGUUAAUAAAGAAGACACUUUUCUGGCCAAAGACUUUAAAUUAUUGUGAUGAUUUUCUUUUCUAAAAACAAAAAUGACUUAGGCUAUAGGAAAAAGUUUCAAGAUAAAAUAUAUUAAAAGUGAAAAAUGGAGUAUUCCACAUGAUAAAAAAUUAGUGCACAUUAGAGCUUUUAUCUCUCUCAGGCAUCCUGGAAUAAAUUGAGGAUGUGAGUGAAUAUUUUUCAAUGCAAUUCAGCUUCAAAAAAAAGGAAGAAAGAAGGAAAGAAAUAGUCAAGGACCAAGAUUCCAAAUUUGGUCGGAGGAAAAAAAAAAGAAUAAUUGUGAAUUUAGAGGAUAUAUUGGUAGUUUAUUUAUUCUAUGUCAAUGUUCGAUUUUCAAAAUAAGAGAAUAAAGAAUUUAAAUUACA